AUGGCAUCUUCAUCAUUCAACAACACCACAUCCGGCGAGCCCAACAAGACCACCGGUCAAUUCCACUCUACCAAGGGCAACAUCGUCGAAGCCAUUGGCAACGUAACCGGUGCCACCUCAUGGAAACAGUCCGGAAAAGAGGAGCACGCUGCUGGCGAGGCCGAGUACAAGGCCGCCCAGGCUAAAGGUUACGCUGAGGGCACCGCUGACCGAAUCACCGGAAAGAAGGACUCUGUGGUCGGUGCCAUCACCGGCGACAAGUCUCAGCAGGCUGCAGGAAAUGCCCGUCACGACAAGGGCGAGGCCCAACAAGACAUCAACAAGAAUGCUUAA